AUGUCUAGUUUGUUAGUGCCAGGCUCCGGACACGUGGCUGGGCCAGGCUCUGGACACGUGGCUGGGCCAGGCUCUGGACACGUGGCUGGGCCAGGCUCUGGACACGUGGCUGGGCCAGGCUCCGGACACGUGGCUGGGCCAGGCUCUGGACACGUGGCUGGGCCAGGCUCUGGACACGUGGCUGGGCCAGGCUCCGGACACGUGGCUGGGCCAGGCUCUGGACACGUGGCUGGGCCAGGCUCCGGACACGUGGCUGGGCCAGGCUCCGGACACGUGGCUAAGCCAGGCACCGGACACGUGGCUGGGCCAGGCUCCGGACACGUGGCUGGGCCAGGCUCCGGACACGUGGCUGGGCCAGGCUCCGGACACGUGGCUGGGCCAGGCUCUGGACACGUGGCUGGGCCAGGCUCCGGACACGUGGCUGGGCCAGGCUCCGGACACGUGGCUGGGCCAGGCACCGGACACGUGGCUGGGCCAGGCUCUGGACACGUGGCUGGGCCAGGCUCUGGACACGUGGCUGGGCCAGGCUUCGGACACGUGGCUGGGCCAGGCUCCGGACACGUGGCUGGGCCAGGCUCCGGACACGUGGCUGGGCCAGGCUCUGGACACGUGGCUGGGCCAGGCUCUGGACACGUGGCUGGGCCAGGCUCCGGACACGUGGCUGGGCCAGGCUCCGGACACGUGGCUGGGCCAGGCUCUGGACACGUGGCUGGGCCAGGCUCCGGACACGUGGCUGGGCCAGGCUCCGGGCACGUGGAGUUAUUUUAA